AUGAAGCAGCGGUGCCGCGACGCGAUCCACCAGCUUCUACUCUUCGCCCUGCGCCGCGGGGGAGCAGCGUUCAUCAAAUGGGGACAAUGGGCCUCCACCAGAGAAGACCUGCUCCCUCCCUCCCUCUGCCUCGUCCUCGGGUCCCUGCAAGACCACGCCCCCACGCAUUCCUUCUCGCACACCCGCCGCGCCGUGCAGAAAUACCUCGGGUGUGCGUUGGAGGAUCUGUUUGUGGAGUUUGAGAGGGAGGCGCUGGCGUCGGGGAGCAUAGCGCAGGUGCACCGGGCGAGAGUGAGGGGUGCGUGUGCGCACGUGCCCGAGUGGGUGGUGGUGAAAGUAAGGCAUCCACGCGUGGGGUUGAGGAUCAAGCAGGACUUUGAGGUGAUGGCGGGGGUGGCUGCAGUGGUGGAUCGGGUUCCGGGGCUCAGGUGGAUUCGGCGGCUGCAGGAUAGUCUCGAGCAGUUCAGUCACACGAUGAGAGAGCAGGCUGACUUGAGAGUGGAGGCGUAUCACGCGCACCGCCUGUACACCGACUUCUAUCCCGUGAGGGAGAGGGUGGUGAUCGCUCAGGUGCUGCCUCACCUGGUGUCCGAAGGAGUCAUCGUGGAGAGCUUUGAGCGCGGGGAGCCGCUGCACCGGUUCCUGCACUCCAAGGAGAACAGCUCGCUCAACACACAGAUAGCAGCAGUGGGCGUGGACGCCUACCUGAAGAUGCUGCUACAGGACAACCACAUUCAUCUGGACCUGCACCCUGGGAACAUCCUCGCUCGCAUGGCGGCACCCCCACCUUCACAAGCCACAGGAGAGGGCGCGCUGCAGACGGGGCCGCUACAACAGGAGGGGCAGGAGCAGCAGGGAGCACUACAGCUGGUGAUUCUGGACUAUGGGCUGAUGGAGGACCUCACAGCGCACGUGCGCUCCAACUUCCUCUGCUUCAUCGCCUCUAUCAUGUCCUCCAACGCCAAGCAAGCGACCCACUUUUUGCUUCGGUUCGCGGCACCGUUCCCCCAGCGCUGCACCAACCGGGAAGCACUAGAGGCUGACAUGCGGGAGCUGUUUGCCAGAGACUGCCAGCUACACCACCGAUGCAUGGAUCUUAACGACGUGCUUAAAAAGGUUCUCCGGAUAUGCUGGGUGCACCAUGUCACAGUGCAUUCCUCCUAUGCCUCGCUCCUUAUCGCCAUGUGUAUUCUAGUGGGGUUCGGCCAGACGCUCGACCCCGAAUUGUCCAUCUUGGAUGCAGCGGCUCCGUGCUUCUUCCUCUACAAUCUCACCGGCCGCAUUAUUGGCAGAAUAUAUGGCUAG